GUGGAGAAGAAACUUUCCCAGAUGAUCCUCGACAAGAAAUUCAGCGGUUCAUUGCAUCAAGGCGACGGAAUGCUGAUCGUUUAUGACGUCUCAUCACCGGAUGCAACCUACGAAACGGCAUUGAAAACAAUUCAUGCUAUGGGUGAGGUGGUUGACGCUUUGUACCAACGAGCCGGCAAGAUUCGAUAG